AUGGCAGUUAUUGAAAUUCAAGCAAGUGAAUCUGAGGGUCGGAGAUCUAGUAUUACUGCGUCGUCCGAAUGUCCCACCCACAAUGUGGAAGGUGAGACGGAUCGUGAAUACUUGUCCAGGGGACGAUUGAGUAGUCAGAGUGAUGACCGUACGAACACAGGACGGGAUAUACAAACGGCUAGUCGUCCAAUUAUCAAUCCUACCUGUUGA